AUGGCUUCUAAACCGAUUCUCGUCUUCGUGCCUGGCGCCUUCCAUCGGCCCUCGUCGUGGAACGCCGUCACCGAGCCGCUCCGCAAAGAGGGCUAUACCGUCCUGACGCCGGCUCUCACGGUCUGCCGAGACCUGCAUUCCGCGACGGCCGAGUCUGCCGAAUGGAAGGACCUGGCGGCUAAAGGCGUCCCCGAGGAUGUCCAAGCCAUUCGCGACGUGUUGCUGCCCGAGCUAGACAAGGGCAACACGGCCAUCCUUGUGGCCCACAGCUAUGGCAGCAUCCCCGCCAGCCUUGUCGUCGAGGGCCAGACGGUUGCCGAGCGUGCGGCGCGGGGCUUGCCGGGAGGGAUCGUUUCCUUUGUCGCCGUCGCCGGCGUUGCCUAUCCCGUUCGGGGCAAGGGCAUUAUGGGAGACGACAGCGAGCCGCCCGUUAUGCCGUACCAUAUCUUGGAUAACGGCAUCCUCCACCUCCAAAAAGACUGCGUUCCUCUUUGGUACAGCGACCUCACACCGGAAGCACAAGAGGCUGCGUGGGCAGAUCUCAUUAAAACGCAAUCGCGGCAAAGUUUCCUGUUGUUCCCGGACUUUGUCACGUCAGAUAUCAAGAUCCCCAAGACGUGGGUCUUGACGGAGGAGGACCAAGCUGUGGUUCCGCAGUAUCAGACGGCAUUUAUCCAAGCCGGGCAGUUUGAAAAUGUGAUCAAGAUCAAGUCAGGCCAUGCUCCGAUGCUCAACAUGCCGGAGAAGAUUGUUGACAUCAUCCGUCAAGUCGCGAGCUCAUAA